GGAGAAUUGUAGAGGGAGAGAGUAGGAGGCAGAAAAACCACAAAAGAAUGGAAAGAGAAAAAGGUAUACUUUCAAGGAGAGAAAGUGAAAGCAGGAAGUGGAGAAUCUAUUCUAGCCCCCUCAAAACCUCUCCAUUUUGAUCUUUGAAUUAAGGCUAAGAAUCUUGGUCUAUGGCAUGCCUGCGGAGCAAGCUUUGCAUCCUCAGGCUUGGUGUUAUCAUCUCCGGUCAAGUUACCCCAUCUCAUCAUUUCUACAAAUUGCAUGCUGCUUCCUGUCCAAUUUGCUUCCAACCAAAUGGGGUUCUCUUCUCUCUUUUUCCUUCUCUUCCUCCUCCUCCUCUCUCCUAUUGCAGAUUUAUCAGUCCAUGCAUUCACAGGAACAUAUGGAAUAAACUAUGGCAGGAUUGCGGAUAACAUCCCUUCACCUGAAAGUGUAGUGACACUUCUGAAAGCAGCAAAAAUCAAGAACGUUAGAAUCUAUGACGCCAAUCAUGAUGUCCUCACGGCAUUCAAAGGCUCUGGUAUUGAAAUAAUUGUUGGACUUGGGAAUGAGUUUUUGAAACAAAUUAGUGUGGGGGAGGACCAUGCCAUCGAUUGGAUAAAAGAAAAUGUCCAGCCAUUCCUUCCUGGAACUAAAAUUCGGGGAAUUGCGGUGGGAAAUGAAGUCUUGGGGAGCACUGAUCCAGAGCUCUGGGAAGUUCUGCUGAAUGCAGUAAAAAAUGUCUACAGUGCUGUCUCUCGGUUGCAUUUGGCCGAUGAUAUUGAGGUCUCAAGUCCACACUCAGAGGCUGUGUUUGCCAAUUCUUUCCCUCCAUCUGCCUGUAUUUUUAAGGAGACUCUUCUUCCAUACAUGAAACCACUUUUGCAGUUCUUUUCUCAGAUUGGUUCUCCUUUCUACAUAAAUGCAUACCCCUUUCUAGCAUAUAUGAGUGACCCUGAACAUAUUGACCUUAACUAUGCCCUUUUCCAAUCAAACCCUGGGAUCUAUGAUUCAAAGACCAACCUACACUAUGACAACAUGUUCGAUGCUCAGGUUGAUGCAGCUUAUGCUGCUUUGGAAAAGGCUGGGUUUGCAAAGAUGGAGGUCAUAGUUUCUGAAACCGGUUGGGCUUCUAAAGGCGAUGCGACUGAAGCAGGAGCCACUGUCAAAAACGCCAGGACUUACAAUUAUAAUCUGCGCAAGCGCCUUAUGAAAAAGAAGGGGACACCCUAUAGGCCAAAGAUCGCGGUGAAGGCAUAUAUCUUUGCUUUGUUUAAUGAGAAUUUGAAGCCGGGGCCAACCUCUGAGAGGAAUUUUGGACUGUUUAAAGCUGAUGGGAGCAUCUCAUAUGACAUAGGGUUCACUGGGCUUACUUCAGCUGCCUCAUCUCUCAAGGUUACUGGAGCUGGAGGUUGGUUUCAAUCCUCAUACUUGGUGGUUUUCGCGACAUGUGCUGCAGUUGUGCCUCUGGCUUUAACAUCAUGACAGUAGGGUUUGGUGCUGAAGCAGCUUCAAGACAUUCUUGGUUUUAUAUAUAUUGAUGUAUUAUCUCUCCAUGUACCACCGAUUCAUUUAUCUAUUCUUGUAUUCACAGUCGCUCUUGUAAUACUUGGCUGAAGAUCUGCUGACUGUUUUUAAUUGAUCUCAGCAAUGUACUAUACCAUACAAAACUUUAUGAUAUUAUGUAUUCUUGC